CUUUCAUCCUAGACUGCUGACCAGCUGCUGCGAUACCUAUCCUUUAUCCAUUCCCCGUGUUAUACUGCAUCUCCGCGUCUCCACAGUCUAUUUGUCUUAUCGUCCGUCACCACGUCAUCUUUCUGCCGGUCUACCACCACCAGAGCGUUCAGCGGACCUGAAUACGACCGAUAUACUUUGAAACAUGCCUCCUCCUUUAAUAGACUAUGGCGUUCAGUCCCUUCCGCUGCAUUGCGAACCCACCUCGCCGCUCCUCGCUACAGUCUCUUCCUACCUCCACAUCUGUCUACCAACACCACUCGCUCUCUUUUCCUCCACCCUGGGGACCUUGAGCAUCGUGUCAUGGCUGUUCGCCCAGCUUCCGCAAAUAUUCAAGAACUUCCAGCUGCAAUCGACGUCCGGGUUAUCUAUAUUUUUUCUGAUAAUAUGGUGUCUUGGUGACAUGGGCAACCUCCUAGGUGCACUUCUCACUCGACAGGCUGGUUGGCAGGUCAUAAUUGCAGGUUACUAUGUUCUCGUGGAUGUGACGCUCGUAUUCCAAUUCUUCUGGUACACACACUACAAAGGACGAGGGACAAAUGGAUUCGCCACACUCUCCACAUACGAUGACGACACUGUGCAAUCCAAUAUUAUCGAGGGUGUCUCUUUUUCAGAGGACGGUUCGUCGUCAAUUGGUCCUUCUCCACAGAUUCCUGCUGCAUCGGAUUCCAAGGACAUUCCCGAUAUUAAAGAUCGAUCGGUUGGUGGUGUGGACAAUGCAUCGCUUUCAUACUCGAAUGAGAAGCCAAGGACGUCCCGACGGUCUAUCGUCAGAUCUGGCAGUGGUCUGGGCGUCCAAAAUACUGCUGCACGCACUAUUCUGUUAGCCUCGACGCUCUGCGCCGUCGUAGCAAACGCAGCACCAACAGAUGCCGAUCCAAUUCCUCCAUCUUCCUCACUGACCCUUGAGUUCCUGGGCACCAUCUUCUCCUGGAUGUCUACUGCUUUGUAUCUCGGUUCACGCCCUCCUCAGCUAUACAAGAAUUACCGCCGCAAGAGCACCUCGGGCUUGUCCCCUUUACUGUUCAUGGCUGCCUUCAGUGGUAACUUCUUCUACUCGUCGUCUCUGAUCACAAACCCGAAUGCUUGGUAUAAUUUCGCUCCGUAUGGCGGUGGAGGAUGGGCGGACGCGGACGGCAACAAUCGGCUAGACUGGGUGAAACGCGCCACUCCUUUUUUCCUCGGGGCCUUCGGGGUGCUCUUUCUGGACGGCAUGAUGGGCGUACAGUUUCUUAUGUACGGUUCUGACGACGAAUCCGUGAUCGAAGUCGAGGAUCCCAAGCGCGGACGUAGUCGCUGGAAGCGUGUCCGCGGCUGGAUGAGAGGCUGGAUUCCUUCUCCUGCGCGGAAGCAAACAGAGUCCGGCCCUGAAAGCCAGGCUCUUCUCGUUGAGGGCCAACUAAGAUAUGGGGCGGUUUAA